UAAUUUAUUAUUGAAAGCUACAAAAUCAAGUUGUUUUCAACUUUGUAUAGGACUUGUCAUUAUUUCCCAACUGCUACUGGUGCUCAUCAUUUAGCAGUAAUUGGAUAUUUAUUAUAUAAUUACAUCUAUUUAUGUUCCAUUCAGAAAGCAUUCAAUUACAGAUCUAAGCAACAUGUUGUGGGCAAUUCUCUGUGUUACAUUCCUACCUUUCGUUUUUGCAUCCAUGAACACAACUUGUCUUCCUCCCGAAGAAGUGGAUGCACUUAGAGAGAUUGGAAGAAAGCUAGGUAAACUAAAUUGGGAUUUCGAACGCGAUCCAUGUCUUGGUUGGGAGAUUUCUAGCAGCGGAGCAUACUCGAAUAACCUCACUUGCAGCCUCAGCAACAACUCGACAUGCCACGUCAUUAGCAUAAGCCUAAGAGGACAAAGUCUACCAGGCAUUCUCCCACCGGAAUUCGUCAAUCUUCCUUACCUCCUGAAUUUAGACUUAACUCGCAACUAUCUCAGUGGUACCAUCCCUCCAGAAUGGGGUUCCAUGGAGCAAAUUCUAAACAUUUCUCUUAUCGCAAAUCGGUUAACUGGAUCAAUCCCAAAGGAACUCGGAAACAUCAGCACGUUGAGAUCUUUAAUGGUCGAGGACAAUAUGAUGUCUGGUGCAAUUCCGGAUGAACUUGGGAAUCUUGCAAGCAUUGAAAGAUUAUUACUGAGCUCAAACUUUUUCACCGGGGAAUUGCCGGCAUCAUUUGCAAAUCUGAUCAAUAUGAAGGAUUUUCGCAUUGGAAGUAACAACUUCUCUGGGAAGAUCCCGGAUUUCAUUGGAGAAUGGAACAGUCUCACAAGCUUAAGGAUUCAGGCCAGUGGAUUGGAAGGGCCAAUACCUCCUAACAUUACUCUCCUGACAACUUUAACAGACUUGAGAAUAAGCGACUUAAGAGGACCAGACACGCAUUGUCCACCAUUUAAAAAUGCAUCUUUUAAGACCCUGAUCUUGAGGAGUUGCAAUCUUAUCGGCAGGUUACCAAAAUCUGUUCAUUCAACGGAUCUCUUAGACUUCAGCUUUAACAAAUUAAGUGGAUCCAUUCCUGAAAGGUUCAUUGAUCUAACUUACACAGGCAAUAUCUAUCUUACCCGAAACUUCCUAUCUGGUACUGUGCCUGAUUGGAUGAUCACCUCAGGACAUAGUAUUGAUCUGUCAUAUAACAACUUUACAAUUGGUGGCUUACGGGAUUAUAGGUGCCAGAUGCGGCAAACAAACUUGUUUGCUUCAUUUUCAGUUAAGAAUACCUCAAGAAAGGUCUCAUGUUUGGGGAAUAGUUUUUGUCCAACAAAUUCGAGUCCUUCGACCACCUUGUAUAUCAACUGUGGCGGAGGGAAACUAAGGCUUGGAGAUAGGGAAUAUGAAAGUGACCUGGAACUAGGUGGUGCUUCUUAUUUCUAUGCAGCGGAAAGUCGAUGGGGAUUUAGCAGUACUGGUAACUUCUUGGAUGACAACAAUUGGGACAGUUAUAUUGUUCAAGAACCUUGUGGAGUCCCAAGGGACACGUCUGGACUAUACACGAGUGCACGAACGUCAGCCUUAUCUUUGACUUAUUAUGGUUUCUGUAUGCACAGUGGAAGCUACAAUGUACGCCUUCACUUUGCUGAAAUCAUUUUUACUGAUGAUCGAACAUAUAGCAGCCUUGGGAGGCGUGUAUUUGAUAUCUACAUCCAGGGUGUCUUGGUGGAAAAAGAUUUUGACAUCAGUGAUAGGGCAGGUGGAGUUAUGAAAGCAAUUGUGACAACUUAUACGGUAAACGUUACAACUAGUUUGGAAAUCCGUCUCUAUUGGGCUGGAAAAGGAACAACCAAUAUACCAUCUCGAGGAGUAUAUGGUCCUCUCAUUUCAGCUAUAUCUGUGGAUCCAAAUUUCAAAUUGCCAGAAAAUGAGAAAGGUGUGUCCAGACGGAUUGUGGCAGUAAUUUUGGUUGGAGCAGUUUGUGCCAUCAUCCUAAUUUUAGGAAUUUUAUGGUGGUGUGGUUAUUUAUGUCCCACACAUGCUAUGGAACUAGAGCUGCAUGGUCUAGAGCUCAACAUUGGUUCCUUUACUUUGAGGCAAAUCAAAACUGCCACAAACAAUUUUGAUGUUGCUAAUAAGAUUGGAGAAGGUGGUUUUGGCUCGGUUUACAAGGGAGUAUUACCAAGUGGCACCUUAAUAGCAGUGAAACAACUUUCCUCCAAAUCGAAGCAAGGAAAUAGAGAGUUCUUGAAUGAACUAGGCAUGAUAUCUGCUUUGCAACACCCGCAUCUUGUGAAGCUCUAUGGUUGUUGUAUUGAAGGAAACCAAUUGUUACUAGCAUAUGAAUACAUGGAAAAUAACAGUCUAGCCCGUGCUUUGUUCGGACCUAAAGAAUGGCAAUUGGAACUUGAUUGGCCUACAAGAUACAGAAUUUGCAUCGGUAUAGCGAGAGGAUUGGCCUUUCUACAUGAAGAAUCAAGAUUGAAGAUUGUUCAUAGAGAUAUCAAAGCCACUAAUGUGCUCCUUGAUAAGGAUUUAAAUGCUAAAAUUUCUGAUUUCGGUUUGGCUAGGCUUAAUGAAGAGGACAAAACACAUAUAAGCACCCGUGUUGCAGGAACUUAUGGAUAUAUGGCUCCCGAAUACGCAAUGCGUGGUUACCUAACAGAUAAAGCAGAUGUCUAUAGCUAUGGAAUUGUCCUCUUAGAGAUAGUUAGUGGGAUGGCUAACGUUGCUGACAGGGAAAACGAGAAUCAGUUUGUUCUUCUUGAACGGGCAUUUGCUUUGAAAGCCACGGGUAAUUUGAUGGAUCUAGUUGAUCCAAAGCUGGGUUCAGAAUAUGACAUCCAAGAGAUGAUGGUUGUUAUCAAUUUGGCUCUAGUGUGCACUGCGAUCACUCCAACCGAUAGACCAACAAUGUCAUCCGUGGUUAGCAUGCUAGAAGGACGAAUCGUUCCUGAAGUGUUUCCUGCUGAACAAAGUGACUCAAUGACUGAAAUGGAUCGUGACAAAAGGGUGAAGGAACUUGAGGACCAGAAUGGUAACCGAAUAGUGGAAAUGCCAUUCGCGUGCACCGAUUCCUCAACAUCUGCUGUCGAUCUCUACCCAAACGAUGGUUUCAGUGAGUAUUUGCAGAAGAGAGACAGUGAUAUAAGGAAGUUGUUAUCUAAAUGAUGUAUAUGCUAAUUGUUUGAUAUCCACUCGGAUAUAUGUAUUUAUAAAGUUGUUAUCUAAAUGAUGUAUAUGCUAAUUGUUUGAUAUCCACUCGGAUAUAUGUAUUUAUAAAUUGGUAAUUACUAUGAUGUGUUGA